AUGAAGUUUCUAGCCAGUCUCGCAGUCCUGACCACGGCGGUCAUGGCCAACCCUGUCACAAGAGAUACUAACCAAUUCCACUUGAAGACCGCUGGCGCUACAAACGCACUUCACAACGAUCUCUAUGUCUACGCUUAUCACACCGGCGCGGGACUCAAUGAUGCUGUGCUAGACAAGGACGACACCAACGCCGCCCCGUUCUACCUCAAUGGCACCUCAGCCUUGGCUACUCUGGGGACUGAAUUUCCUUGGGGUAUGAGUGCUAACGGUGACACAAAUUAUGCCUCGUGGGAGCCAAUUGAGAUCAACGCUGGUGAGGGAUCUAGUGGAUUCUCCAUCGACAACGGCAACUUUGUGUGGUCUGAAGCUGACGGCUUUGGUGGUUGGCUCGUGUGUGACUGGUCCCACAACGCACCUCAGCUGUUCUACUUGAACCGCUACUAUCAGCCGACAAUUCCUUCCAGCUGCAGCACGGCACAGCUCAAUGCCAUCUACAUCAACUAG